GUUAAUGUCGCCUCGCAUCUCUUGUAGGAGUUUGCCCUUUUCUACCCUUGAGAGUAUAGUGUUUUCCGAGUGUAAACUCCAGUACUGACUCUCUGCUCACGAUGAAGUUCCUAUUUUUCUCACUCUCAGCCCUAAUGGCUACGGCUUCGCCAACGACUCCCUACGCGAAGCCAGCCGUGCCGUUCAAGCACCACGACGCAAGAAACAGCACGCCUCCGGCGUUCAUUCUUGCCGGCGACUCAACUACAGCUGUGCAAUCUGCAGGAGGAGGCGGCUGGGGCAACGGGUUUUUAUCGUUCCUGAUAUCGCCAGCUUGGGGCAUCAACAAGGGUCAUAACGGUGCCACGACUGUCAGCUUUGUAAACGGCGGCGAUUGGGCGACUGUGACCGGAUACGUCGAAUCGAAGAAGGCUGAAGGUUUUGAUGUUUACGUAACAAUUCAAUUUGGCCAUAACGACCAGAAAGCCGCUGCCAACAUCUCUUUGGACCAGUACAAGACGAACCUCGAAAACCUUGCAUUGGACAUCAAGUCUCGCGGCGGUACACCUCUUCUAGUGACACCUCUUUCGCGACGAAACUUUGUCUCAGAGCACAAUGCGACGGACUCCCUCCAUAAUGAGAGAUUAUACACCAUUGCCGCGGCUGAGGCGACCGACACGACCUACCUCGACCUGAACAAGUAUUCGCUGGAGUACGUAAACCAGAUUGGCAACACUUCGGCACAAGCUUAUGAUCUGAACGGCUACGGUGCCGAUAUGACACAUCUGAAUGCUUGGGGCAGUGUUGUGUUUGGGAGGCUGGUAGCAGAUUUGUUGUUGGAGAAGAAGGACUACCUUGAGCCAUGGAUCACCCCAAACAAGACUCUGAGCGACGAGAUCCGGAGUGGCAUCCCUGCAAAGUCAUGAGAUGCGAACGAGAGUAAUAGCGUUAUUGGAUAAGGCCAUAUCAAGAGAUACCAUUUGUUUCCUUCGAGA